GGUUUACCGCCGUCUCCGUUUACUUCUACUAUUUUCCAUUUUCAAUUAGAGAAGACGGUUUGACCCAUACUCUAUCAUGUCACUAUAUUUUAUACUAAUUGUUACUAUAAUAAUCCCACAAUUUGAAUUUAUUCAUUCACCUUUAUCUGAAAAGGAUAUUGUUACAUUCCGCUUCAAUUUGGUAAAUCGUCUUGAUCAGUGCACAUUAUGGAGAUCAAAACUAGAUAAAAAAGUUUCAAAUACGUUAGAUCAUUUUUUAAUGAACUCAAAGUUUGAUGAAUUUCGAGAAGCAUCUACACAAUUAGCUGCAGAUAUAUACCCGGAAAGUAUUGACUGCCUUGACUCUUGCUCUUAUGAUAUUGAACAAUUUAAUGAUUUCGUGAAAUCUGAAAGUUUAACUACAAAGAAUGAUCUUGGAGACCUUCUUGAUAACGAGCAAAUUUAUCAGUUGCAUAUGCUUUUGGAGAAAACAAAACGGCCGGAUAUCGUGGAAAAAGGGAUUCUACAACAUCUACAUGGAAUUCCUGAAAAACGACGCCAGGAACUUCUCUCAGAGUUUUUCGCCUCAAAGCCAUCUCGUGUUCGUCGUUCAACAAUGAGCAGAAAAAUUGCACGUGAGCCAACUCCAUUAACUCCUGACAUGCUGUCAUGGCAAACUCCACGCCAUAAAAAUGUGCUCAAUAAACAGAAACUUACAAAAGGAUCUCAAUGGGAUGCUAUGAACACUAUCGGUGAUCAGUAUUAUCAUUUGAGAAAAGCUGUACGGGUGAAAUAUGAUGGGAAAUUCAUGAAAUAUUGCAAUGAAAGUUUAUUGGAAAUCAUCGGUCGUGACAAUUUUGCAACGCUUGAAGAAAUGGUUCAGGAUAGUGAGCAAGUUGAGCACAUUUGGAACAAGUAUCAUCAGAUAAUUGGUUACUUGAAAAACGAGGAAGACCAGUUAACUGCAGAACAUUACGGUCAAUUCUGUCGUAAAAUCUACCGUCUUCUACCAAUUGAACAAGCUGAUCUCAUGUCUUGGUUACGACCGGCACAAAGGUUCCGUAUUGCGGAAAUGAUUCAGGAUCGGGAAGUGAAUGAUUCUCAAGUUUAUGAAAAGCUGUACGAGUUUUUCAAUCAAGCAAGUGGCGAUGCAAAAGACGAUGCUGACGAGGUCAUCACUCUUGGAUGUCGAAAGUUUAUCGCCCAUCAUUUGGGAGACCAAGUGGCUGAGGAUAUUGAAGAUUUGAGAGUGGCCGGUGGAACCGGAAGUAGUCAUCAUACGGCAGCAAUGUUGCUUGUCAAACAUAAUGAAAUUGCAGAAGCCGGAGCAUUGGCACAUCAGAAACGAAUUGAAGAAUCAGUUUCAAUUUGCAAAAGAAUCUACCUUGACUAUGAUGGAUCGUGUUUCUGUAAUGGUCGAUCCACUAUGUGCGAUGAGAAGACCCAUGUUUGCCAAAACUGCACCGGUGGAACACUUGGCAUCCAAUGCGAAAAGUGUCCAGAAGAUCUCAGAUUAGACAAGACUGGCAAAUGUGUUCCAGGAUUGGAUCCCGACUGUUUUUGCAACAGUCACUCCUAUGAAUGUACCGAUGGAAUAUGCACAGACUGUGAGAAUAACACCACUGGUGAUCAUUGCGAACUUUGUGAUAUUGGGUUCUAUGGAGACCCUACAAUGGGUAGAGGCUGCACAAAAUGCCCAUGCCCCAAAAACGGAGAAUGCUCCUAUAACACUGUGACAAAUAGAAUCGAAUGUAACGAUUGUCCAAAAGGACAUAUUGGAGAAAGAUGUGAAGAUAGUGAAUCCUCGUAUCAGCCAUUCACAACGGAAGCUUCAACAAUAACUUUAGUUGAUAAUCAGUUGUAGAAUGAUUUGAAAGUCAUGUUGCUACUAUUUUUGCGUCAUGACAACAUUGUACAUUUACCGGUAUCUCAUUUAAUGAACAUUUUCCUUGG